AUGGCUCCUGCGGGAGGUUCCAACGUUUGCAGCAGCGAGGUGUGCCCUGUUCGGGUUGUUGCCCGUUUUCGGCCUCCAGUCUCUGAAGAAGAGCAGGAGGAGAACCCAGCUUUCACCGUGGAUGCCGCGGGUGUAGUUGAGUCUGCUGACCACUUGCACUGUUUCCGGUUGGACAGCGCAUUCGGUCAGGAAACAAGCCAACAGCAAGUUUAUGAAGAUGUAGGUCGACGUGUGGUGCAAGAUGUGCUGUCCGGAUACAAUGGUACGAUCCUCGCCUAUGGACCUACAGGGUCUGGCAAGACCUUUUGCAUGUUCGGACCACCGCAGGGUCGAAGUCCCUGUGACCUGGAAGGCCUGGUGCCGAGGGCUGUGGAGCAGGUCCUAGAGCAUGUCCGGCAAAGUGGAGGCACCAAGCUGCAGUGCAGCUUUUUCGAGGUCUAUCUGGAUAGGGUGCGCGACUUCCUGAGUCCAAAGACCCCAAAUCCACAGUUGAAGGAGUUCCCCGGUGGCGUGGAAGGCCUGACCUACAAGGAGAUCUCCACAGCCGCUGAAGCGUUGCAGAUUUUGCGACUGGGGUUGAGGCUCAGAGUGGCCGCCAACACCAGCUUGAAUGAGCACUCAUCCCGUUCUCAUGCAAUCUUCUCCUUGCUUUUGCGACAACCGCAGAAAAGUGGAAUUCGAGUGUGCAAGUUGACUCUGGUUGAUCUUGCUGGAUCGGAGAAGGUCCGCAAAAGUGGUUCUGUCGGUGGCAUGCUGGAAGAAGCGAAGAAAAUAAACUCCUCCCUGAGCGCGCUCGGUCACGUCAUAGAAGCGCUUUCCGAGCGAAGACCGCAUGUGCCUUACAGAGACUCCCGUCUCACACGGCUUCUGGAAGAAUCUCUAGGUGGCAACUGCCGCACGACUCUCCUGGUGGCUUGUUCGUCGAGCAGCAUCCACGCUUCCGAGACUUUGUCUACAUUGCGAUUCGCGGUCCGCGCGAGAAAGGUGGAAAACAGCGUUGGCGUGAAUGUCAGCAAUCCCCACCAAUCGCAAUCUUCCGACAGGCAGCUUGAGAGACGAAUUGCUCAGCUUCGCCGAGAGCUCGCCAGAUUGGAAAGUCGCAGAUCUGCCUCGCGGUCCCUGUCGGCAGACAGGCGCGUGUCAUCAAGGUCAACCUUCGCAAAGUCGAUGUCCACGUCGUCGUUAAGUCCGGAACGCUCGCGCAGCAGCAGGACAUCACUGGCUGCUGGUGUUAUGAAAGACAACAAGGCCGCCAGCCAUGCUGGGCAGAGCCACUUGGAUGUUCCAGAGGCGCUGCCAAUUUGCAACAGCGUCACGUUGCUCGGCAGCUGCAGGAGCACCGCUGAUCCAGGAUCGGGUGUGUCGUCUACUUGCUCAGUGGCCGCUGUCUCGACAGGCUCCGCCGCCGGCACACCGCUUUCUCGAGAUCGUGACGCAACUACGAGAGAGGAAUCCCCAUGCCCGCCGACCACUCGUGGCAGCUACAGCUUUCUAAUUGAGGCCACUCCUUUGGCUGACAUGCCGGUCACACGCUGGAGCGCAAAUCAGUCGUCAGUGCAGAUCCUGUGUGGUGCCACAGACAUUUGUGAGGUGAAGCCCGUGGAGCCCGAAGGAGGUCGCCCGAUGGUAACAGAGCUGUCCGGCCGCUGUCGCGAGCUGGAAAGACAACUCGAAGCCGAGCGGCGGCAGCAUGCGCAUGAGCUUGAAAGUCUUCAGCGGCAGCACAUCGAGGGGCGACUUCCCUCGCUUUCGCCGGUGAGGACGGCCCCGGGGGCCUCACGCUUGGCAGCGCUGGCCAAGUCUUCUGCACCAUGCUCGAACGGCGAAAGCAUUGCCAGGACUCGAUCGUCAGAAGGGCUGAAGCUGUCGGCGAGGAAUGAUGAAGCUUGGCCAGCGAUGUUUCCGCCUCCACUGGUGGGUCCAAGUUGCUUUGCACCAGGCCAGGUGCUGGCCUGCUCGCAUUCAAGCAGAGCUCCAAGAGCUUCUCCGGUACUGAGCCAGUACCUCUGCAGCUCUCCGGGUGCACGGUUUCCUUCACCACAGGAGGGAUGCUUGCCGGAACGGCCAGGAUCAAGUCGCUUGCUGAUGGCUUCCGCAGCACGUGGAAAUUGGCACGUUGCAGGCCGCUAG